UGAGUGUUCCGGCAGAUCGAGCUCAGCCUCUCCUCCUCCAUGAAUCGGUUGGUGACCUGGGACCAGCCGGGAUGUGCCUCUGCUAGAACUAUGGAAGCCUCUAACUUCUACUACGAGCCGCCGGGCGCCACCGAGUACCUGGGGGCCAAAGCUCAGCGCCGGGGGCCCCGGCCGGAGACUGGCGACAUCGGCGAGCACGAGCGGGCCAUCGACUUCAGCCCUUACCUGGAGGCCGAGUGCGGGGAAUUCCUGCGCGAGCUGGGGGCCCCACACUACAAGCCGGGGCCCCUGCUCUACCACAAGAUGGAAGAUUCCCCGUCCAUCCGACCCUUCCUGCCUUUCCACGCCGUGCCGUCCGGCAGCAGCGGCAACCUGAGCAGCGCCUCUUCCUGCAGCCCUCCCGGCACCCCCAACCCUUCGGCGCCCAAGUCCGGCGGCAACAGCGCCAAACACAAGAAGAAUAUGGACAAGCAUAGCGAUGAGUACAAGGUCCGCCGAGAGCGGAACAACAUCGCGGUCCGCAAGAGCCGGGACAAAGCCAAGAUCCGCAACAUGGAGACCCAGCACAAGGUCCUGGAGCUCAGUGCCGAGAACGAGAGGCUCCAGAAGAGGGUGGAACAGCUGAGCCGGGAACUUACCACCCUCCGAAACCUCUUUAAACAGCUGCCCCCGGAGGCCACGGGGAGGUGCUAGGGGCCCCUGGAGGAGCGCAGCAUGGCACCCCUGGGGUCACACAGACUGGCACCCCGCUACAAUGUCAACCUUCCUAACUCAAGAGGGGGGCAACAGACUGGAUCCCCCCUACCAAUAACAGGGGGGCAAGAGACUGGCAUCACCCUCCUAAUACCAGGAGGUAAGAGACUGGUAUCCCCCUCCUAAUAACAGGCGAGGGGAGACUGGAUUCCCCCUCCUAAUACUUUAGGGGGAGGCAGACUGGCAUCACCUUCCUAAUACCUUGGGGGGGGGGGGGGGGCAGACUGGUGUCACCCUUCUAAACCAGAAAGAGACUGGCACCCUCUUCUAAUGCCAACCCUUCUUACACCAUAGACUGGCAUCACCCUCCCAAUACCAGGGGGUAUGAGACUGGCAUCACCCACCUAAUAACAUAGGGGGGACAUACUGGCAUAAUCCUUCUAAAGGGGGGGGGGGGAGCAUCACCAGGGGCAUAUAGAGAGACUGGUAUAAUGCAAACCCUCUAAGAGACUGGUCUCCGCCUACCACCAGAGCAGGUAUGAAGAGGUUGGGAUCUCUGGAGUUAUGCCAACCUUCUUCCAGCACCAGGGGGUAUAAUAAGUCUGGCACCCUUGGUAUAAUGCUAACUGUUUAAAGAGAUACUGGCAUCACACUUCAGUCACCAGAAGGGAUAUGAAGAGAUCAGCACCCUGGAGCAAUGCCAACCAAUGCUAAGUACAAGGAGUCUCAUAUCAGAGCCCAGCACCUAUGCCUACCCAUGCCACCUGUGGAAUGUGAAACCUGCUUGGUGCCCCCUCAUGAUAUUACUAUUAGGUCUAAGAGUGGUGCCCGGGGGCUAGCUAGCGUAGCUGGGAUGGAGGGGCUGGCAACUUGAAGGGUUAUAUGACUGGUUUCUAUGCUUUGAAGAGACUGGUGCCACUGUUUUCCUUGGCAUUGAGUCAAGGGGAAGAGUCUGUGCUCACAACUACCUUCAGAACAAGCGAGUCUACAGCACCAGUGCCCCCCCAUCACCCAUCCAGAGGGGGUCAUGUAACCCAAGGAGAAGAGUGAUUAUUGCUCAAGAGGAGGGCACCUCACUGGCACCCCUUUUCCUGCACUGAGGGGUCCAUACACCCUGUGAUACAAGACUGAAUAGAUGGACAUGUGUGAUGCAGGAGAUACUCAGCAGCUGUGUGAUGCUGCACAUAUGGACAGCGAGACCGCCGGUACUAUAGCAAUGCAGCCCAAAAAUGUGGAAUAUUUUACUGUUUGAGCAGCUGGCUGCCCUCCAGGUGGAGACGAACUAAAAGUCCCAGCAUGCCUUUCAGUUCUUUUCCACCUGAAGAAUGGCUUAUCUCUAAGUAAACAAGUCCAUUAGGUGAAAGGGGGGGUGGGUGUGCAAUGUGCCUGCUGCAGAACAUCUUGGAUUCAGCAUACACUGAGGUCAAGAGGUUCUGCAGCAGCCAUUCACAGCCUGUCUCUGACACCCUUUGGACUAUACAGAGGAAAAAGUAGAGAUACUACUAAAAUGUUCUUGUUUUUGCUGUUCCAAGUAUUUUUUUUUUUCCUCAGCGAGGAGUCUUAGUGCAUUUACCAAAAACUUGUUUUGUUGGCCUGUGGCCUUGCAAAGAUUGCCUCGUCAUUGUGAACAUUUGCCAAGUUAAAUACGUGCAGAUGAUCUGAAGAUGAUCGGGUUUCCUGUUUCGACAGAAUGAUAGAAUCUUGUGUACUUGGCACUUUCGAUUAAGGGUGAAUGUCCCAUUUUUUUUUUAUUUACAAAAAUGAUACAUAAGAAGGAAAAUAAUUUCCUGCCUUCCAGCGAUUACAGUAUAUACAGCCCCUAAAAAACGUACGCACAAAUCUGUGCGUAAACCUCUACCAGCCAAAAGCAGCGGUUUCCCCGCCGCCGUCCUUCUCUUAAAUGAGCCUUAAUAUCUAGAUUUCGUUUUUUUACUUCCCAGAGAUUUCUAUGAGAUAACAUUUUAUUAAUAUAUUUAUAAUUAAAGUAUUUAUAGCACUUGAUCCCCCCCCCCCCCCCCCAGAUGUUUUGUCUAUAUAAUGUAAACUGUUUACAGGUUGACUUAAUCAAGCAUUACCUAUGCUUUCCCGUACUUUUCUAACAACUUGCACAUAAUGACAUAAGGUACGCACCGUCUAAUUGGCCCAAACCGAUCCCAACCUCUAACCAGCUGAUUAAUUGCACAACUGUAAUGAGCAUUUAGGACUUAAGUGAGCACUUUUUUUUUUCUUUGUUAAAAAAGGGACUGAAAUUUCUGCUUUUUUUUCUCAUUUAUAUUGUGCAUUUAAAAGGUUAGACUACUCAGAAGUGAUAUUUCAGUUCUAGUUUGAUUUUCUUGGGUCACUGGCUUAUUAUAACUCUGGAGAGCUCCAGUGUUAAGAUUUGUGUCCCCCCCCCCCUUUACCCUUUUCUGGUGUUCCCAGUCACUUUAGGGUACUUGUUCUAUUGCAUUUUCUAUAAUAUAACAUAAAGCCCUGCAGGAAAAGUGGGUGACCUUAGUGGCUCUGGCACCAUAUCGCCACACCGGAGGAACGAUUAGGUGGUUUAACUCUACUAUCUACCAAAAGCUGAAAUAUUAAUUCUAAGGGGGCCAUACACACUCUGCAAUUUUCUUUCGAUUUUUUUUUUCAUUUAGAUUUAACCAAAACCAUAUAAUAUGAGGUCAAAGCUUAACAGGUUCAAUGUGUAUGUAAUCAGGCAGGCCCUUGUACUACAUGAGUUUUAGUAAAUCUAAAGGAAUUUAAACGACAAAAGUUGUAUAGUGUGUAUCCAACUUUAGUGGACUGAUCUUUUAAAUGCAUGGCUGGAAGAUAGAUAGAUAUAUUAUAUAAUAUAUAUAUAUAUAUUAGGGCCAAUUGCCCCAUGAGAGACAGUAGUUGGGAGAAUGUGCUACUGCUUUAUUGAUAGGGUGGAAGUUGCGCAAGAAUGACAUCCCAUGGCUCCAUACAGGUUGUGCGACGGUGACAUUGCGCAAGCGACGAGCACAUAGUUGCGACAUUGCGGCUCUGGCUACAGAGCAAAGUGCGGUAACCUCUGCCCAUCAGCGUCCAGCCCUGACCAACAAAAAAGUGACAGCUGUGGGUGGCCUUUUGCUUUUCCCGCACAUCAUCACUGUUGCUCUUUCACAGCUUUACUAAAUCAGCUAAAAAAAAAAAAAACAUUGGCACAUAAGAUAACGUCUACCUCCCAUCUGUGUUAAGGC